AUGGUAAAUAUUUUUAAAACAAUUUUUACUAUCAAAAUUAAUAAGAUGAUUAAUAAUAAAAGAGAUUUUAAAUCAAACAAUAUUAAAAACUUAGAAACUAAAGAAAUGAACAGUGAAGUCACAGCAGAGAUCUCAGAGGAUUUUAUAAGUAACAGAAAAUACAACAAUAAAUGUUUUAAAAACUUUUAUUGA